CGGGCGGGCGGACCUCAGCGUUUGGUCAGUGGUUAUUUCGGAGCCUGUGAUCCCCGCCGGUCGGUGCUGCGUCCUGACGUCAGGUUAUUAUAAGGAGGCGGCGGAACCGGAGCGGCGGGGCAGACAGCAGGGCUGAAGGGGCGAAAGGAGCGGAGAAACACGCCGGAGCGAGCCGGACCAUGCUGAUCUGACUCCCCAUUCUGUGAUAGAGCACAGUCUGAGCUGAAGACAGGGGCUUCUGGGUCCUGAGAGGUGCAGGCAUGGGGAAGGACUACUACAAGACCCUCGGGAUCCCCAAGGGAUCAAACGAGGACGAGAUCAAGAAGGCCUACCGGCGCAUGGCGCUGCGCUUCCAUCCAGACAAGAACACGGAUCCGAACGCGGAGGAGAAGUUCAAGGAAAUCGCUGAGGCCUAUGAGGUUCUCAGCGACCCCAAGAAGAGGGUUGUCUAUGACCAGCUGGGAGAGGAAGGUUUGAAGACAGGAGGCAGCAGCUCUUCAGGUGCUCCUGGCAACUCGACGCACCACUACACUUUCCACGGAGACCCCCACGCCACCUUCGCCUCUUUCUUCGGAGGCUCCAACCCCUUCGACAUGUUCUUCGGCUCCAGCCGCAGCCACAGCCGCUCCAACGGUUUCCCCUUCCACAAUGACCACAGCAACGGGGCAGAGCAGGACGCGGAGAUGGAUGAGGACGAACACUUUGCUCAUUUUGGGAGACCGUUUGGCUUCCCGGGCGGAAUGAACAACGGCUUUCCAGGGGAGGGCCGCAGGAGGAGGGGCGCAGCUCCGUCAGAGCGCCUCGGGACCAACCGGAAGCACCAGGAUGCUCCGGUGGUCCACGAGCUGAAGGUCUCGCUGGAGGAGAUCUUUCACGGCUGCACCAAGCGCAUGAAGAUCACUCGCCGCAGGCUGAAUCCAGACGGGCGGAGUAUGAGGACAGAGGACAAGAUCCUCAACAUUGUCAUCAAGAAGGGCUGGAAGGAAGGGACCAAGAUUACUUUCCCAAAGGAGGGGGACGAGACCCCUGAGAACAUUCCCGCUGACAUAGUGUUUGUGCUCAAAGACAAAGGGCAUGCCCACUUCAAAAGAGACGGUUCCAAUAUCAUUUAUAACUGCAAGAUAACCCUAAAAGAGGCGCUGUGUGGCUGCACAGUUAGCAUUCCCACGCUGGAAAACCGUGUAAUCUCGCUCCCUUGCCACGACAUCAUCAAGCCAGGAACGCUGAAGCGGGUCAGAGGGGAAGGCCUGCCUUUCCCCAAGAAUCCAUCGCAGCGAGGACAGUGGAGUUUGGACAUUUUCCAAAAGUGACAGGUAAACACACACUUUGACCUCCACUUGGUAAAACUCACUCGGACACACGAGCCUCAUCGGACCCUUGAAGAA